CCGGGGCCCGGCGGGGGUGGCGCUGCCUCCGCCUCCUCCCGGCCCGAGUCCCAGCCCCGCCGAAGGGAGGGAGCUCGACCGGCUGCGAAGGAACGGGGGUUCCUCUGCUCCCAGAUUGUAAAAACUAAACAUAAUAUCGUUACUGCUGUACUUCUUCCUGACACUCAUCCCAGUGUGAAAUCAUACAGGGCAAAAGUCACAGCCUCCACAGUUACUUCUGCCGGAAUCUUUUGAAGUAUAUAAUAAAGAAAUUAAAUUUGAAAACUUCUUGACUUCAUCUCCUUCUAGCAAAAUAUUGGACUUCUAAAAUACAAGUAACAGUAUUAUUUUUUAUAAAGUGCAUCUAGGUUUGUUGGGUUUUGGGUCUUUUUUUGCUAAAGUUUAAAACUUUUCAACAUGCUUGUUAGCUUUGUGAAGUUGUGUUAGUAUUAGAGAAUCCCAAAAUUCUAAAACAAAUUCUUUUAUAUUCAGUGUAUAGAAAUGCAGUGGCUGCACACUUCGUCCUGUGACCUAGCAAAUACACUUUAAUGAACCUCAAUAGUGACCAUUUGAAGUCCUGCUUUUUCAGAGCAGAUAGGUUAUGAAUCUUCAUUUGUCUCUUUGGGUUUGGUUUUGGGGUUUUUUUUUGGUGGUUUUGUUUUUUUUUUUAAAUUACAGAUAGCAUGGAUUUCCUUAUACUGGGAAGAAGUCACCUUCUAGAAGGAGGAGGAGGAGGGAGAUGAUAAUGUGUUUGUUGCUGUGGGUUAGAUUUGGCUUGCUUAGGUCAUGGGCAUUUUACUGCUGUUUUACUGCAUCUUUACAGUUCCGAGGUUCUGUAAGCGGAGGAGCCCUUUGGUAGCAUCAGGCUAUGAGUUGCUAUAUAAGAUGAACUGUAGGCGUUUACUUGCCCGUCUGUCUGAAUUCGCAUCAUCCUACCUCGGUGGAUGGCUUGGCCCCUGGCAUAGUUUGAGACUCUUGGAUGACCACGCUUUAUGCAAAAUCCAGAAUCUUCCUGCCUGGACUCCUUUCUGUUUUCUAAGGGUUCAUGUUGGGGAGAGGUCUAAAGCGCAAGCUGAGUGACUAUGAGGAGAACAUGGCUGGUCUCUCGAGUGCCUUUGAUUCCAGUCGAAGUCUGCCAUACCCACUCAAGAGGCAGCUGGUGCUCAACAUGUGCCUCACCAAGUUACAGACGUACAAAAUGCUGGUGGAGCCCAACCUGCACCGCUCCGUCCUCAUCGCCAACACCGUGCGGCAGAUUCAGGAGGAGAUGAGACAGGAGAGUAACCAGCAGCCAGUGAAUAUCUGCCCUGGCAUCGCUCCUGCUUCUCACAGCUACACAGGGAUGGAGUCUCCUGGCAUCUCUCUUCAGUUGCCUUCAGGUAUCAGUCAGCAAGAGUCUCACUGUUGUGACCUGCGGUCUGUAGAAGACCCGAUUGAAAACAGCCUGCUGAUCGUUUCAGACGAUGACAUGUCAUCUGCUAUUUCAUCUAUUCUGAAGGAUUUGGACUUUGUAGAAGAUAUAAGCCCACCUACUUGUCUGGUUCCUACUGGAGAUGACCAGCCAAAGUUUCCAGAAAAUACCGGUCUGAAACUAGAAGAUGAUAGACAGGAUUUGAAGGGGGCUGARUGUGUGUUUGGUUCCUUUGAGAUUUCGAAUUCAACUAGUUACUUGAAGGAUUUGGCAAUAGAUGACAUUUUUGAAGAUAUUGACACUUCAAUGUAUGAUUCAGACUUCUGUUGCCCUCCACUAAUGCCACCCAGAUCACCAUCUCUUGCUGCAGAAGAACCAUUGAAAACCUUUCCAUCUUGUAAUUCUUCUUCAGCGAACAACAUUCAGAUAUGUAGAACAGAUCUGAGUGAGUUGGACCACAUCAUGGAAAUUCUCGUYGGAUCCUGAUACUUGUUUUACCCAAAGAUACUUUUAAACUGCCACUUUCAUUUGGUUUCAGGAUAAAAGCCACUGGAAAAGCUGUAAAGAGUUCUUUGAAAAGCAAACUAAAUAAUUAUUUGUCCAUAGUAGGUUUUUCUAAAUAAUUCCAAAACUUACAAACCAAAAAAGUGGCAGAUUUUCUUUUUUUAAAAUUUAUUUAUCAGAACUGUGCAAUCAUCAUUUUCCUUCCAGGGUGUAUGUGGAACAAUGGGCGCAUACCCUCAUCACCCCUCACGCCUCUUUCAAUAAASUUUUUUAUGUGCAAUUUUUAAUUUGACAGAAGAAUUUACAUGCAAAGCAAAUUUCAUAUGAGGUGAUCUUUUACAAAGCCUCCACUUUAUUUUUAAUAUCAGAGUCUAUGCCAAGCUGGCAUCUGUCAAGUKGCAGAGUUAGAUUGUGUGGAUUGCAGACAUGUUACUAGAGAUGGGUAUAUUUUGAAAAUGAGACACGCUUUGCUUUCUUUUGGUCAGAAAAGCAGAUCAAGACACUUACCAACAAAGUCUCUUGCAUUUUCUAAAGCAUUCAGAACUAUUUAUUUUUGUAAAUUUUAUAGUCUUUCUACAUUUUACUACGUUACUUCAUCAUAGUUCAAAUAUAAUGGACUUCUAGUUGGAUGUGUUUAGCACUACCUCUGAGCUGAAAUGCUUUAACUCUUUCCAGUGCUUCAUCUGAGACUGCAAAUCUUUUUGUUUCUGUUUUUUUUUUUCUGGGGGAAAGUACUUCUAACCCAUUAAGUUGAUCCUUUGACAGUGACCUAGCUGAUUUGUGAAAUCAAGGGUAUUCAAUGUUUAAAAACUUUUUAAGUAUUUACAAAUUAAUUUAUAUGUAGAUUGUGCAAUUUAACAUUUUUCUGUCAGUAUUAUGUGCUUAGAUUUUAAAUAAUCUUGGCGUUCUUUAAAUUAAAACUUACUAUGUACAGGUAGCUUUUUAUUCUCUUUUGGAAAACACUGUCCUUCAACCCUGCUUUCACUACAGAUUUUAAGAUGAUUUUUAUGUGCAAUAUUAUUUAAAAAAGAAUACACAUUUGUAUACCUGGCAUUGUGGGAAGAAAUGCUUCAAACUUAAAACCUCUAGCACCUUUGGAGGAUACUCAGAGAGCCAACAUUUCUGYGUCCUUUCAGAAGCCAAGCUGAGAACUCUUGUUGCUGCAGCAGUGCCACUGCUGUGACAGCCCCUGGAGCACCGUGGGGCUGUGRUGAGUCAAUGCCAGUGGCUCUGUCCCUCCCAGACAGGGCUUUGGAACCCUGGRGCUGCUGCCCAGGCUGUCCUGGGUGAGGCAGGCGUGUUUUUAAACAGAUACACAAGCACCCUCCUCAGCUGGAGAUGAGGUUUGCAGUGGGAACUGUUUUUCCAUAAUGCAGUUUGGGUUCUGUGUUUCAGCCUGAACCGAGGUCUGGAUUGAUCCCUGCUAUCGUCUUCUGAGUUUCACACUUGCACAUUGCUUUUUGGUUUGGGUUUUGUUAUGUUUUUU